AUGCUGAACAUCGACCCCCUUCUGUUUCAGCCCAAAGUAAUUCGCAUGUCCACAACUUCCAGCAUUGGUCUUCCCGGUCAACAUAUCAUUCGCACCACUGAAUACAGCAAUUCCCAGGUGAUGACAGGCACUACUGCACAGGUUCACAAUGAAGCUAAUAACAAUAUAUUAACCUCUAGCAAUACCCUUCCAUUCGGAGAUACCUUACCAAGACCUCGUGAAUUUCAAGUCCCACAAUCCGAAAGGGAAUACAGAAAUUUUAAUAAUAUGGACACAACAGGGAUUUUAGAGCAAGAGGAAGAACUUUCUUCAGUGCACCAUGGAGAGUGGUCAACCGACAUGUACUGGAGUGGCGACGGGGAGUGUUCGGACAGUUCGACUCUCGAACGAAUUGCUCACCAGAAUUCCGAAAGCAUUAUCAGUUUUCAGUCAAAUUUAUCGUACAGUACAGCAUCGGCCAGCUUCCACUCCCAGCUCUCUGAACAUUCCGAAUCUAAGGAGGAAUUGAUUAGCUCUUUACUGAAUAAAGUUCGAUCUCAAAACAAAAUGGAAGCAAGCAAAAUUCUUCUUACAAUGUCAAGUUCAGUAGAAAACUGCAUUGCGAUGCGACAGUGUGGUUGUCUACCUCUCCUGAUCGAGCUGCUUCACAGUCCAGAUGAAAACUCAAAUACAUACCACAUGGUCCAUGCGAAGAGGGUCAACUUUGAGAUCCGGGAGCGCGCUGGCCAAGUGCUACACAACAUUGUGUUUGCCCAGCCGGAUGACAAAAAAGGACGCCGAGAAGCGCGGGUUCUACGUCUUUUGGAACAGAUCAGGGAUUACUGUGACCAACUUAGGAGUUUGGAUGGAGACGUGGAUGAUAACAGAAAUGCAAGAUGCGUUGACCAGCACCUGGGACCUUCAGUAGCAGCAUUGAUGAAAUUAUCUUUUGAUGAAGAUCAUAGAUAUGCCAUGUGCCAAUUAGGUGGCUUGCAGGCUAUUGCUGAGUUACUUCAGAUGGAUCAGGAAGUACAUGGAUGCACAAACGAUCAGUAUUGCAUCACUAUUCGUCGAUAUUCAGGAAUGGCUUUAACGAAUUUAACGUUCGGAGAUGGCGCCAAUAAAGCCCUUUUGUGUUCCAUGAGGCCAUUUAUGGAAGCCUUAGUCGCCCAACUUUAUUCGCCGAGUGAAGAUUUGCGACAGGUAACUGCUAGUGUGCUACGAAACCUUUCUUGGCGUGCUGAUCAAGCAAGUAAAAGAAUUUUGAGAGACAUAGGUGCUGUUACGACAUUAGUGAAAGCAGCUAUGGAAGCAGAGAAAGAAUCUACUUUAAAAAGCAUUCUGUCUGCACUGUGGAAUUUAUCUGCUCAUUGCAGUGGUAAUAAAGCUGACAUUUGUUUAGUGGAUGGUGCUCUAGCGUUUUUGGUUAGCACUCUAACGUACAAAAGUAAAUCUAAAACUUUAGCCAUUGUCGAAAAUGGUGGAGGUAUUUUAAGAAACGUAUCUAGUCAUAUAGCAAUACAGAAUGAUUAUAGAAUUAUUCUGCGUAAACAUAACUGUCUUCAGAUUCUGUUACAGCAUCUAAAAUCUCCUAGCUUAACCGUUGUCAGCAACGCAUGUGGUACACUGUGGAACUUGUCAGCCAGAAAUGCUGUUGAUCAACGUGCAUUGUGGGAAAUGGGAGCAGUAGGAAUGUUGAAAAAGCUGAUUAACUCAAAGCAUAAAAUGAUAUCCAUGGGAAGCUCUGCAGCUUUGAAGAACUUACUUUCAGCUAAACCUCCUGGAGUUAAUCUUGGCCUCUGUGUUCAUACAGAUGGUUACAAGACUGGCAUAGACGUUCCAUCUCUUCAUGUUCGGAAGCAGAAAGCUUUAAGUACAGAAAUAGAUCAGAAUUUGUCAGAAACUUAUGACAACACAGACAGCCCUAAAACAAGCCCAGUAAAGCAUGCGACUCAGGAUAAAAAUAAUAGAUCCAGGCGGCACAUAUCUCCAUCAGCUAGGUAUAUGACAACACAAAAGCAAAGAAAUGAUUUGCUUUCUUUACAGAAGCGUGCUGCAGAGAAUGAAACUGUUGUUGAAGAAAAACACAAUGGGGCUUUUCAGGUAACAAAAAAUACUAAGCAAACUUUAAAUUUUAGACAAGGGCAAAGUAGGUUUCAGCCUGAUGCGAAAGACAACGUGCACGGUUUAGAAACAGCUCAAUAUACAACAGAAAGAAAUGCAACCGACAAACAUGAGUCAGGCAAACUAAAUUCAAUGCAUGGGAAGAGUGAUAAGCAAUUUCUUGAGCAGGGUGACAUUCCAUCAGUGGCAAGCAAGCCAGGUGCGUUUUCAAAAUGUGUGAGUGAUAAUACUUCACAGCAAGUAGGUGUUCGUAAAGACUAUAAAACCCAAGAAAGAGUUACAAAUAUAGCCCAAAAAGCUCAGACAGUAAAUCAAGAUCAAGACAUUGCAGGAAGAAAUUCCAAUGAUACAAGCAAACCGUCUGCCAUUCCAAAACCUUUCCAUGAAAGCAAAAUCCCUCUUCCUCGUUCAGUGAGCAAACACGAUUCGACACGAAGCCAAAGUGCAUCCCCUGUUGCUCAGCGGAGAUGUCAAUCUCAACGUCGCGAUAGUGCCCACAAUGUGAAUUCAAAUACUGUUGAUAUUAAUGUGACUCAUCCCAAAUAUGCAUGGAAUUCUAGCUUCGAAAAAGUAGACAAUGAUCCUGAACAGCCUGCGAAUGUCGGUAAGACAUUCGUUAAAGAAGACCAAGUCUACAACCGCUCAGCCGAAACCAUGCUUUUUAAAUCUACCAAUCCGAAAGUUUUGCAAAGUGAUGAUUACAAUUGCACUAGUGAAGAUGAAAUUAAAGUGUAUAACACAGAAAGCACGCCGGUUAGCUAUUCUUACAUGUCUUCAAUGGAAGAUUUAGAUGAUGUUGGUGCAACAACACGUUGUUCCUUGAACAUUAAAACAAACACCAAUGUGAAACUGAUGCAAAAUCACCCACUCCUAUCAAAUGUUCACCGAACUGAUGAUGAUAAUAUCAAACUCUUUGAAGUAAGGAAUACUUACAGACAAGAUGAUCGAUUUCAUGAUAUUGGAGGAGGAAAAACAGUAGACUUUUCAGUUCAAAGUGAUUAUGAUAUUGAUGAAACGUUAUCGAUGAUGUCUAGAAGUAGUUCUGUGGCUUCAAUUAGUAGUUUUGACCAACAAUCAUUCCAUGAUGAUGAGAGUCUUGCUUCAGAUCUAAGUCAUCGAACUAGUGGUAUCGAGUCUCCAAGUGAAUUAUCUGAUUCUCCUUGUCAGACGGCACCAUCUAGUCCUCGAAAGGGUAAAACGGCUUCUUUGUGCAAUGGCAUGUCUGACGGAUCUCAGAUGAAGUCAUAUGCAGUUGAAGACGAGCCGGAAGCAUUUCCAGUCUUGGCACAAAACUUAGGACAAGAGGAGGAGAUAAGUGCAUCGGAAAGUCACCUCGAUAACAGCUCUGAUGUAGAUCAGCGCACAAUGAUACGAAAGCAAAUUUCAAUCAAAAGCCCAGAUUCCACCAAUGUCUUUUUCCCAGAUCCAAAGAUAACUGGUAUCAGUUGUGAAAAAGGUGCCGCUCACUCAAAGAAUGGUGCAAUACGUGAAACGAUAGAACCUUCUUAUGUUUUGACAAAUCAUGCAGUAAAUAAUGACUUUGAAGAAGAAUCAGCGAAAAAUCGUUGCCUUCCUACCACAGAAAACACAAUAAAUAACGAAAUCAAGUUAACCGAGAUUAAGAGAAUUUCAGAAAGUACCUCAUCGAGUUCUUUUGUUGCCGAUUUAUCUGCAGAAGAUAUGUCGCCGGAAGAGAGGGUUAUGCUCGAGCAAUGUAUACGAGCUGGAUUACCACAGAAAAGUUCAGAACAGCAUCAGGGAGCAAGACAGAAGGUUCCACAGCUGAGUUACCAGCUUCUGCGAGAUGGUCUCGAAAGACACCCAAAUGCAUGCAGUUAUGAAGCGGAGAGAGGGACAUUGUUGCGAAAUUUGGAAGUAAAAGAAAAUGAAUAUGAAAGUUUAUCGGAAAACGAAGAAAAGGGAAAAGAAGAUGAGCGAAAGGCAGAGAAAAAUAGAUUGUUUCGUAUUCCAGAGUCCCCAGUGGAUAAGAAAUCUUCCGGUCAGGCAUCGGAGGUCGAAAAAACUCAGUAUUAUCAUCAAAAACCAGAUGAAUUGCAUAAGCAAGACGCGUGUAAUUUGAAAGUGAUUAUUGAUCAAAAAGGAAAUAGAAGAAGUGAAAAAUCUAAAUCUAAAUCAGCAAGUUUAACGAGCAAUUCCUCGCAGAAAAAUACGGAAAAAAUGCCAACUCAGUUAGACUUUUUAAUGUCUUCUAACAAGAAAAGCAUUGUUACGCCAGAAAACAAAGCCAGUUCUCAAGAGAAGAAAACUGAUUCUGGUAAUGAAAAUGCAGUUAUUUCAAAACUAAAUAGAGAAAAGUGCUUAGAAACUUCCUCCAGAAAUGAAACCACAGAAGAUUCUAGAAACUCUGAAAAAAAUAUUUCUAAUGGUGUUAUAGUAACUGAAGACCGCAUUAAAGAAGAAGUAAAUGUUUCCGAUCGUAACGAAAAUGCAUUUGAUAAAAUCGAAAGUAAAUAUAAAGAAUCAUCAAAAAACCUUAUCGAUAAAAAUAGUGAUGAAACUUUUGAAAAAGAUGUAGACUGCUCUGAGAAAGACAAUAGUGGAGAUUAUGACGACAGCAUCAUGCUAACGUCAAGUAUUCUUGGGGAAGCUCGAGAGAUAGCUGAGGCUUUAUUAGGAGCAAGAGUUGACAGUACAGAAGAUAUGACUGUUAGUACCCUGAGUUGCUUAUCGGAUAUAGAUAAUGCAAGACCUCCCUCUGUUAUGGGAGACUUAGGCUCAUUAAGUAUGACCAACAGUUCUACUUCGGAAGAAAAUCUCAAAAUAGCAGUAGCAAAAGAAUGCCAAAAAUUAUUUGGCAAAAGUUAUAACAAACAAACUUCCGCUUCUAAGAAAAGUCUUCUCAGAGAGUUACAAAUAGGGCGUUUGAAUACUGAUAAUGCUUCGAAUGAAAAUUCCAAAGGGUACUAUGAUUCUACUGAAAAUUUGAGUUUGAAGAGUAAUUCUACCUCCGAUUUGUUAGGCAACAUUAAUCCCCCAUCAAUACUAGAUGAUAUAUCUUUAACUGCUAGUACCGGAAGUCUAAAUAGCAUUGAAUGCAGUGAUUCAGAAGGUGAGCAAGAUCGGAGAUUAGUAACUCCUUACAAGAAUAACAAUGAUAGUAUGUCUGAAAGGAUGCAUGAUGCUGCUGCAAUGGCCCAUCUCUACGCUAAAGAACUCUCUAAUAUUACUGGUAAUUGUGUGAAAGAAUCACCAGUUACGGAAACAGCUCCUCAGAUAAAAGUUCCCACCGUAAUUCAAGAGGUUACAGAAAUAACUAUAGCUGAUGUGACUGAAAUAGGAUGUGACACCAUUGGUUCUGAUACGGAAUUAGAAGACGAUUUGCCUUGCGAUGAUGAAGACUUUGGCUCUGAAACUCUGCAAGCGCCAAUGCAAAAUUCAUUAUCCAAAGACGAACCAGGAGAUGGUAGCACUGAGAAUCUCACUCUGACGCUAACCGAAGAUCCUCGUCAUCGAGACAUCUCUCCGUAUUAUGACUUCAGAGCACAAAGUUUCAUGAGUGCUGAAGACUUCAGAGCUUUACAAGAAAAUGCAGAUAUGAUAAUCAACACUUUGAAGGAAGCCGAAAUUUCUGACGAAGAAAAUGGACUGUCAAAUGGGGACAUGAUUGAAGACGAAACCAUGUCUUUGGUAUCGAACGAAUCAGAUGAGGAGUUUUUAUCACCUGAUGGAACCGUACAUCAUCACCAGAAAUGUUCACCUAGAACUGAUCACGUUUUGUCCCCUACUUAUAACGGCAUGGUUGCUUUGCCGCAAAGUAACGUACCUUCUAAAUAUGCUUUUAGGAAAACAUCACUACCUCAGAUUUCCUCGAAAAGAAAAUUGAUUUCGAAAAACGAGCAAAAUACGAAAAACAGAAACUCAUAUCCAGACGCAAAUACUUAUGUUAAAGUAGAACAAAGCAAUGGUGAUACAUGUGAUUAUUCGCGGAGUCCCAAAAAAGGAUCGUUGAUCGGAAGACUUAAUCAAAAUAAUGAAAAUAUGAUUACAAAGCUUAAAGCCCCAACAUUAAAUAAGAAAUGCAACAUGCAGACAAAUUCUGUUCAACAAAAUACUGAUCAUUUGAAUUAUACAACACUUGAUGAUGACGGCAAUAGCACUUUUGAUAGUCGAACUUUUACUAGAAAGAAAUCCACUGUUCCAAAAGGCAUGAUCCCAUCUGUGUCCAGCGAAAUGACUCAAAACUCACUCAAGAGCCCGUCUAGUGCUUAUCCUCCAUCCUUGCCACAGGGUCGUGAUAAUUCCGUGAAAACGGAGCCAAGUAAAAGCAUUGGAAGCAAAAUUGCCGCUGUGUGGAAGAACUCGGGGAAAUCGCGAUCCAAGAGUGCUGUAGAUGCAAACCGUAAUUCCAAGUUAAGACUGGAAAAGACUUCUUCUACUGGCAGUAAUUCAAGUACUUCGUCCAGGGAAGAAUUAGGACCAGACCAAAGGUCUUCUUCUCAGACAUCAUCUCCAAAAUCACCUUUGAGUAGGAGUUCGACUUUCGAGAAAUUAAAUGAAGAGGAGAAACAAGCAGUUCCCGCUGUUCGAAGACCAAAUUCUCUAGCCCUAUCGGAGAAGCCGAAUUCACCGAGACACAAAGCCCUUAUUGCUCCGCAGAGAAAUUUUAUCUCGAUGCAAAAACUUGCCAACGAUGGAUCCUUGAAACCACGAGCUUUGCCACAAGAUUCCAAAAAGUGUCAGCUUUCGGAAGGCGCUGUUCUAUCACCCGUUUCGCAUCAAAAUAAUGGAAACAUUCCAAGAAUGAUAAACAAAGCACAAGCUUCCCUCAUUCCUAGUCGCCGAUCUAUGAUUCCUACUCCAGCCAAAUUCGGUGGCAGUGAAAACUAG